AUGUCAACACACGCAAAUCACCCCUUUCAUUUAGUCGAUUAUAGCCCUUGACCUUUAACAGGAGCUAUUGGAGCUAUAACAACUGUUACUGGUCUUGUUCAAUGAUUUCAUCAAUAUGAUUUAACACUAUUUACUUUAGGAAAUAUUAUUACUUUAAUAACUAUAUAUCAAUGAUGACGAGAUAUCUCUCGAGAAGGAACUUUUCAAGGAUUACAUACAUUACCAGUUACUUUAGGUUUACGAUGAGGAAUAAUUUUAUUUAUUGUUUCUGAAAUUUUCUUCUUUAUUUCUUUUUUUUGAGCUUUUUUUCAUAGUAGUCUUUCGCCAACAAUUGAAUUAGGAAUAACUUGACCCCCAGUUGGAAUUAUUGCUUUUAACCCCUUUCAAAUUCCUCUUUUAAAUACUGCUAUUUUAUUAGCAUCAGGAGUUACUGUAACAUGGGCUCAUCAUAGUUUAAUAGAAAAUAACCACACUCAAGCAACACAAAGUUUAUUUUUUACUGUAUUAUUAGGAAUUUAUUUUUCGAUUCUUCAAGGUUAUGAAUAUAUUGAAGCUUCAUUUACAAUUGCAGAUAGUGUUUAUGGUUCAACAUUUUUUAUAGCAACAGGAUUCCAUGGGCUUCAUGUAUUAAUUGGAACAUCUUUUUUAUUAGUAUGUUUACUACGACAUAUUAAUUAUCAUUUUUCAAAAAGUCAUCAUUUUGGAUUUGAAGCUGCAGCAUGAUAUUGACAUUUUGUUGAUGUAGUUUGAUUAUUUUUAUAUAUUUCAAUUUACUGAUGAGGUAGAUA